AUGGUAAGUUGAUGUGUGCAGAGUGGAUAUGAUAGCGAGAAGCUUGUACAGCUUCCUUUUUAGCAUUAAUUUGAUGUUAUCUAUGUGAAAUUUAAAUUUUUUCCUGAAAAAAUUGAUAAUUUUUGCAAAUUUUAACUUUUUUCUGAUUUUCAGGCUGAUCAAGCAACAUCUCUUGAGCUCAGUGACAAGCCAGACACAUUCUCUCAACGUCCACUAAAUAUUAUCAAGUCCCAUUCGACCACUUCCAAAGCUAAAACAUCCCCCGAGGCAAUUGAUUCAAUACUCCUACAUACUGGGACAAAAGAUGAAAAAAUGAUCGAAUCUCCGCCAAGUGGACCGAUUUUUGAGGUAAAUACUGUAUAAAAAACCGCUCAAAUCAUCAUUUUAUCAUCUUGCAGCUGCCAAAACCCAAACCUCGAACUCAACUUCAAGUCCAAUCCACCUAUUUCCCGACCUUGAAAAAAGCCCCAUCGAUGACGUAUAACGACAAUUCGGCAAUCAGAUUGACCGAAAGUGGGCGGAAUUCGCGGCGUGGCAGCUCGGGGACCACGCAGCCGCUGGCCGAGGACAUUACACAAGACAGCGACUCGAAUUCGUUUGACGAGGAAAAUUUCCGCAAAGUUUUUGGAAUGGACCCAAGAAAUCUGGCUUCGGGAGUGAUGGAGGGCAAAAAGGUGCGAUUUAUUACUUUUUUCAUUAACUAUUUCGAAUUUUGGCCCAGUUUAGCGCAUUUUCAAUUUUUCGUAUAAGAUGUCCCCGCGGUCUGCAACCGAGCUGCGCCCAAUAUUUAGUCGUAAAAAAAUUUUUUACAAUGAAAAAAAUAACACCUUACCUUUUUUUCCGGCGUUUUCAUGCGUAUUUUACACUGUUUCCUCGAGUUUACAUUAAUUUUUGCCGAUUAUGUAAUCCUUGAUAUCCAAAUAUUUUUAGGGGUUGGGAUCCGAUGAAAGAACGGCUGGAUCGACCGACACUUGGUUCACAAGGAAAGAAUCUAACUGUCCAAGCUCCAGUCGAGCAGUCGGCAAGGGCACUGAACCACCAACUCGUUGGAGGAGAUUCAAAAAUGGUUGUAAGAGAGGACUGUUUGCCGCUCUGCAGUACGCUGCGGUGAGUUGUUUUUCUUGGGAUUCUUGUAUGUUUAGAUAGAGCAGGUUGUGAACUUCGAGUUUGAGUGAAAUGCCAAUGAUUUUGGCGCCGUUUGACAUGUGCAAAAUUAAUAUCCGUUUGUUGGUCAUGUGUAAUAUCGAAAUUUUUUAUUUCUCCUAUAAUCCUCUAAAUUAUUACCUAAAAUUAUAUUUUUCAGUCCUGUUGCAUCAUCUGCUACGUGGUUACGCCGCCGAUCCCAGCGCUGGUCACAAAAAAGAUUGCCUUUCAUCCGCCGAGAGGAUGCGGUUACUACUUUGUUGUGAAGGAUGAAGAGACCGGUCAAGAGAUGCCGGUCUUGGCCAAGGGAGCAUACGGAAAGACUGUGCUUCGAGUUGCAGUGGAAUUGCCCAGAGAAUUUGUGGACAGAAGCUUUACGGAUCGACCAUUGGAGGAGAUGGAAGGGUUUGUUGUGAAGACCAGCAGAGGCAAUUAUCUGGCUUGUGUCUACGUCCCUUGCCAAACACAACGUCCAGAAGAGAUGAAGAAGAAAGUAGGACGCUUUUUUCCCUAUAAUUUUUGGGUUUAGACUCAUUUUUCGAAAGUUUUCUCUAAAUGCCUCAUGGUGAAUAUAAUUUUUUAGGUGAUAAUCUUCGCACAACCCAACAGCUCGAAUCUCCACAAUUUUAUUUGGCGAAAUCAUGGGAUUUCGAUCAUCUCCUUCAGAGAUAUCGCCAGUCUAACGGGCGCUGAUGUCUAUGCGUUUGAUUACAGCGGUUUUGGCGCAAGCUCUGGUACCACCUUGGAGAAGAAUAUUUAUGCCGACAUAACUGCUGUGUUUGAGUAUGUCAGAAAACAGCGACCCGAUUGCGAAGUGAGUUUUUUGAUUUUUUUCAUAUUUUUCAAAAAUUUGAGUGAUCUUUGAUCUUUCUUCUUUGCCUCUUUCCCUUCUUUGGCAAAAGAAAUGAAAUGAAAAGUGUGGCCUUGUAGCGUAAUGGAUAACGCGUCGGACUUCGGAUCCGAAGAUUGCAGGUUCGAGUCCUGUCAGGGUCGAAUGGGUUUUUUUGCCUUUUUUGAUAUUGUUUUAGAUAGAAAUAGAUAAUAAUUUUCAGAUAUAUUUGAUGGGCUUCAGUCUCGGCACAGCGGCAGUAAUUCAUUUGGCUUCAACUCAACCAGUAGGACUCUCUGGACUCAUUUUAAUGGCCCCUUUUACAUCUGGCCUACGGGUACUUUGUAACAAGCCGAAUCGCAAUGAAAGUUUCAUCACAGAUUCCUUCAAAAGGUUUGUUAGUCUUUAUUUUUUGUUUAUCUUGACUUUUAGUUAUGAAAAAGCCCCUUUGGUGGAUGUCCCGGUAUUCAUUGCGCAUGGUGUAAAUGACUCGGUAAUCCCAUUUGAACACGCGAUUUCCUUGCUGAAACGCUUCCACAAACCCGUCCCAAUCGAGCUGGUCGAAUACAGAGACCACAUCACCAUCAUGCGGCCCUUGACGGACCCGGUUUUUCUGAGGAUCGCCAAUUUUUUGAUGUUCGAAGCCCCGAAUUACCAUCAAAAGUUCGAUAAAACGAUGGUGAUGAAAGAGUUGAAUGAACGAUUGACCAAAUUGCAACGAAACAGCACCAAGGAACAUCAUGGAAUGAGCUUGGAAUAG